AUGUCCACGGGCUCGGUGCUUCCACCAGCAGCGACACCAGGAGACCGCUCACGGAGUCAAGGCCGAGGACAGGAAGCCCGCAAGAAGCCAGAGGACCAGGGCGCGGAGAUCGACGACCAGAAGAUCAACCCCAAGAAGGCCCCCCUCGCCAGACUGCCCGCCGCCAUCUUGCGAGCGACCUACCAGAACACGAAGCAGAUCAGGGAGCUCGAAGGGUUCAUCAUCACGACAGUCAAGAUCAGCGACGCUGACCCACUGGUGGAGGUGAUCGAGCAGGAGAACCGCAACUACACUCGAGCCAUCCGCCGCGAAGGAGAAUCACAUGGCAGCGGCCCGCCAGCACCAGGGGCCGCGAUGGCGAUGAUGGAAGCGCUGACCCAACAAGACAUCGGAGCGAAGAGCAAGGGAGAUUUCACCGCGACCAUCGAGCGCACCACCGCAAUGGACCAGUACCACGUGCAGGACAUCUUCCCGACCUGCAAGCUCGAGAAGGCGUACAAAAGCGGCCAGGCGAAGAUCCUAUUCAAUUGCAGGGACUACGAGAUCAGGCAGAGCCUGAUGACGGCACUGCACAACGCCGACAAGCAGGCGUGCGUGGGGCCAGCUCCGGCGGGGUUCGUGGAGGACGAGUGGACACUAUGGAUGGACGCGCUGGUGGGAGAGGUCGGAGCCGAGGACAUGGGUACGGGAAAGGCCGUGCUCGCGGCCCGAGGUCAGGACAGCCGGUCCCCGCAGAAGUCGGACCUCCAGCGCGCCUUCUCGAAGAAGAGCGUCCGGUCCUUCCUGGCCCCCGACCCCAAGGAUGCUCUCUCCAGGGUCGCCGAUUCAG